ACCUCUCAUAUGCAUGUUCAUUUGGUUUUGAAGCCUCAUGCGCAACCUUUGCAUGCAUUCCGGACAAGAGUAGAGCUGGUGAGCGCUCUUCGGGACAUCAUCAAAAUUCAACAGACAGCGGUCGAGGAUCGUGGAAUUCUUCACCGUGAUUGUUGUCUCAAUAAUGCUAUGAUUGAGGAUAACGGCAAUGGGACCCGUGGACUCUUGAUUGAUUGGGAAUUCACGGUGCAUAUCUAUGCUGACCAAAAAUAUGUUAUUGGUGGGACAGUCAGUACUAAUUAUCUUCUACAAGAAUUCAUGCUCACAGCA